GUGCUACACCUGGACAAAAAGGAGGAACACGCGACUGGUUCCAGAAUAAGCGUGUAAGUUUGGUACGUUGAUCAUACAACCCGAAAUGAUAUUAUGAUCUUUCAACAAUCCCGCAAGACCGCACAAUCAUUAGCUCAGUCUUGAUGGAGUCAAGUUCCGAUUGUUGUUCAUGAGUUGGGACUGACUUCGUUUGUCUUUUGGGCUAGGGUGGUUUAAAUCAAUUGAACGCGUUCUGGGCCUUCCUAUUCAAGAUCGAACCCAAGAAGAACCCCCGGGUACACUAAACUAACUGAUCCUCUGGGACGAAAAAGAAGAGUUGCGUCUAUAUCUGAGACACGAUUCAUUCCCUGUGUCCCCACUUUUCUUUGGCAAAUCCCCCCCAAUUUGUGUUACAGCCAGUGAGUGAUAAGGGUAGGGAAGAGCCCGCCCAUAAUAAAAACCAAUGGCAACCGCUUCACCAGCACCCCGGACCCCGGGUCGGACUCAGCCUUCCGCAGAAGUCCCUCCUGUCGUCACGGACACCAAAGACCAACGCCGGACAUCUUCUUUGGGUUUUCUUCGUCGCUCCAAGUCCAUUGAAAUCUUAGGCGAAAGACGCUCGUCCGGAAGCAAGAACGGAAAGAAGAUGCCGAAGGCUCAGACGGCGGAAGAAGAAGCUCGCCGCCAGCGCGAGUCAAUGAUGUAUCAACAACCCCCGCGUCUACCUGAUCUCUCGCCGGCCCCAGUUCUUGAGACCUUUGGCGGCGAUGAGCGCCGGGACACUGUUGCUGCACUUGCAAGCCAGCCCGACUCAUCUCAGCAGCAAGCUGUGCCCCGCAGUACGAUAAGCACGCCAGUUGCCCCGGAGCCGAGCGACGCCUAUGCACGAGCAGAGAGCAUGACACACCGUGGACGCUAUAGCUACGCAAGCAGUGCCGUUAGUACCGUCAACAAUCCGCGUCGGCUGCGUCGGCGCAAGGAUCCCACCCCGUACAAUGUCCUUGUUGUCGGCGCAAGUAACUCGGGCAAGACCUCGUUUCUCAAUUUCCUCAAGAAGUCCUUGGAAUUGCCGCCGCAUAAGCACCCCUCCCGUUUGCCAGAGGAAAUCGCAUAUCAGGCUCGCCAAUCCCCGGCCAAUGAGGGCUACGUUUCCCACUAUCUGGAGACAGAGAUCGACGGCGAACGAGUCGGUCUGACCCUCUGGGACUCUCAAGGCCUGGAGAAGAACAUCGUUGACAUCCAGCUACGAGGGGUGACUGGGUUCCUGGAAAGUAAGUUCGAGGAAACGCUAAGUGAGGAAAUGAAGGUUGUUCGGUCACCUGGAGCUCGCGACACCCAUAUCCAUUGCACCUUUUUGAUCCUGGAUCCAGUCCGCUUGGACCAGAAUAUAGCGGCUGCAGAGCGGGCUGCGCAGGGAACCCCAAGGGCAACCGAUACACCUGUCAUUGGCGUUCUUGACGAGCGUCUUGAUGUUCAGGUCCUGCGAACCAUAGUGGGCAAGACCACCGUUGUUCCAGUUAUCAGCAAGGCCGAUACGAUCACCACAGCCCACAUGGCGUACCUCAGGAAGGCUGUCUGGGAUAGCUUGAAGAAAGCCAAUAUUGACCCGCUGGAGAUCCUUUCUUUGGACGACCAGGAAGAGUACACAUCUUCUGAGAGCGAUGAUGAGGACGAGGAGGCGCAAGGUCAAGAUACCGAACAGGAUGCGGAGGCCAGCGCUGCGAACGAGGAAGGUGCAGAGGCCCGGUCUCCACGUUCUCCCUCCCAGCGCAGCCAGGACACGCGCAAGUCUUCCGGUUCCCAAGCCGUCGUUCAGCAUAUUCCUUUCACCAUCUUGUCUCCUGAUCCACAUUCGCUUAGGGCUGGCGACGAGCCUGUUGGGCGCAAGUUUGCCUGGGGGUUCGCUGACCCGUACAACGCCGAGCACUGUGAUUUCCUCAAGCUGAAAGAGGCCGUAUUUAACGAAUGGCGCUCUGACCUCCGCGAAGCGAGCCGUGUGGUCUGGUAUGAGAGGUGGAGAACCAGCCGCUUGAACCGUAAUGUUGCUGUGGCCAGCGCUGCACCCCAGAAGAAGCUGUAUGCGGGGAGAACUGGUCCGGAUGUGCGCCGGUUCCGCUAAUGACUUGCAGCCGGUCAUCAUUCAAUACCCCCUUCAGCAUAGCAUAUCUUGUUUUGCGAACCUUCUCUUCUUUCUGUUCGUGUGGACU